UUAAAGUAUCCAGGCUCAGGCUUGGAAAAACCAGCCACCACCAUUGAGCCCAGCAGCUGGAGCGGCAGUGAGAGCCCUGCCGAGGACAUUGAAAGAAUGAGUGACUCUGCAGAUAAACCAAUUGACAAUGAUGCAGAAGGUGUCUGGAGCCCAGAUAUUGAGCAGAGCUUUCAGGAGGCACUAGCUAUAUAUCCCCCUUGUGGGAGGAGGAAAAUCAUCUUAUCUGAUGAAGGGAAAAUGUAUGGUAGGAAUGAACUAAUAGCCAGAUACAUCAAACUUAGAACGGGAAAGACACGGACCAGGAAACAGGUGUCUAGUCACAUACAGGUCUUAGCAAGGAAGAAAGUUCGAGAAAUUCAAGCCGCCAUUAAGGAUCAGACUGCAAAGGACAAAGCACUCCAACACAUGGCAGCCAUGUCAUCUGCUCAAAUAGUAUCUGCAACAGCAAUUCACAAUAAGUUGGGCCUGCCAGGAAUUCCUCGUCCUACAUUUCCUGGAGCACCUGGAUUUUGGCCAGGGAUGAUACAAACAGGGCAGCCAGGAUCUUCACAAGACAUAAAGCCAUUUGUUCAGCAGACCUAUCCCAUACAGCCAACAGUUGCAACCCCUAUUUCAGGGUUUGAGCCUGCGUCAGCUCCAGCGCCCUCAGUUCCUGCUUGGCAAGGUCGAUCUAUUGGAACAACUAAACUCAGACUAGUGGAAUUCUCAGCUUUUCUUGAGCAACAGAGAGACCCAGAAUCGUACAACAAACAUCUCUUCGUGCACAUUGGACACGCCAACCAUUCUUACAAUGAUCCAUUGCUGGAAUCAGUGGACAUUCGUCAGAUUUAUGAUAAAUUUCCUGAAAAGAAGGGCGGUUUGAAGGAAUUGUUUGGGAAAGGGCCCCAGAAUGCCUUCUUCCUAGUAAAAUUUUGGGCAGACUUAAAUUGUAACAUUCAAGAUGAUACAGGAGCAUUCUAUGGGGUAACUAGUCAGUAUGAAAGCUCUGAAAACAUGACAAUCACCUGUUCCACCAAAGUCUGCUCAUUUGGGAAGCAAGUAGUAGAAAAAGUAGAGACUGAAUAUGCACGGUUUGAGAAUGGCCGGUUUGUGUAUAGAAUAAAUCGUUCUCCAAUGUGUGAAUAUAUGAUCAAUUUCAUCCACAAGCUCAAGCAUUUGCCAGAGAAAUACAUGAUGAACAGUGUGUUGGAAAACUUUACAAUUUUGUUGGUUGUAACAAACAGGGACACACAAGAAACCCUUCUUUGCAUGGCUUGUGUAUUUGAAGUUUCAAACAGCGAACACGGUGCACAGCAUCACAUCUACAGGCUUGUAAAGGACUGAACAGUUAUUUAUAGACACAUUUCAUUAUAGCUUCUUAUCAAAACACAGACUGUCGACCUCAACGUGAAGUGGCAGUUCCUCUGGAUGAGCUUUCCUCUACAUUUUUCUAAACCUCAUGUUAGUGUGUUCAUACAUUAUAGCUGUGAAAUUCUGGUACAGUUGUACAAAUUCUUUUUAAAACAAAGUGUUCUUCAGAUUUAUAAAAUCACACUUCUUUGGGGAUACUAUAUUUAAGGAUUUCAAGACCUUUGUGGAAGUUUUAAUUUUGUUGUUAUUGUUGUGUUAGAAAAAUAUAAGACAGAGCAUUUGCCAUGGGAAAACUUUAACAGCAAUUAUAAGAAUUUAUGAGGUGUUUUAUCUAAAUUUUUUUAAAAGUUUUUUUAAGAUGAAAGUGAAAUGGAAAUGAAUUUUAACUAUGUGUAAAUUAGAACACAGGUUUUUUUUUUAGAAUUAUCUUCAUAACUGAUUACUGUGGAUGAUACCGACGAAUGUAAUUCACUAAAUUAUUUUAUAACUGAAAUUCUAUUUCUGUUUGAAGCCAAAAGACAAACAUAGCCUUAAGAAAUGCCUGAUGGGAGCAGACAGGUCCUAAAAGUAGACAAAAAUGUAUUUUUUUCCUUCCCUGUAUUAAAACUAACCUUCUAAUCCAUUGAACUUUUCAAGCAGGUAUUGCAAAGCGAGAUUUCCUCCCUCUACUAAUCAUAUCUAGGGUAUUUAAAAAUUAUAAAGUAUUGUACUAAUAAGGACAUUUGAUUAUUUAAGUAAAAGAUGGCUCGUUUUGCAAUAAUUAGAUAAAUUCUUAAAAAUUAGAUUUAUGGUGUAUGUAAUCUUGUGUGUGUGGUUAUAUUUUAUAUGAGAAUUUUUGAGGGUUUUUUUCUGUUCAUAAUGACUCAAGAAGUUGCAACACCAAAAUUAGUGAUUAGUAAAUGUAAGGGGGGGAAUUAAAGUGAACUGCUGUAUUACAAUUAUGUUGUCAACUAUAAACCACAAAAUGACUAUGGUCAAGAAGAGAAUAGGUAAGCAAGCAAAAGGUUCAUCUGUUUUUAAUGUUGUUGAGGUGCUAGAAAAUCAUAGGCUUUGCCAUGCAAAAAGACAUGAAUGCUGUCUUUCAGGAAGCCUGUAAAUCUGUCAUGAUGAACAUAGUCUACCAGCAACUUAUGGUGACCUAUCAAGGCCAUAAUCAGUUUUCUGUUUUGCCUGCCUGCCUGCCUGCCUGCCUGGAAAUCCAGAAACACAAUAGUUGCCAAAUACUUAGCCAGCCAUAACAACUUGGCCCAUUGGAGAAUUUCUGCAGAGUAGGGAUUUCCAUCUCCAGAGCAUGAUCCCCCCUGUCCCAGACCCCCCCACACAUACACAACCUACCCCCCCCCCUUCCAUCCUAGGGAUGGUACAUGGCAGGUGGGCUGCCUUUGGCUUGAGAGCCUCACCGUUUUUGCAAUCUGUCUUAAAAUAUUUGUUCACCCACUGAUUUGAGUUAUCAACAAAUGACUUAUAUACGGACAGGAUCAAUGCACAUAGUGGGGAAUCAGGAACAAUGGAAUACACUGGAUCCAUCCCCUUCAAUUUCAAGUCAUAAUGUAUGACACACAGGCUCUGUCACCAUAAUCAGAAAUGUUUGAAAAGUAGACUUUUUCAAUCAUGAGGAUUCAGUUGAUGCAUACAGUUUGUAUGUGUAUGUACACUAUGCCCAUGUGCAUUGCCUAUGGCACAUCCAAUCCCAACUGCUUUCUGUGUGUUGGCCCUACAUGUAUGUCAUGUAGUUUCAAACCAUAGAGCAUUAGAUUGUAUAUUGCAUUGUGAAACCAAUGCCUUUUUGAGAUUUCUCAGAAUAGCAUAUCACUCCUCUUGCUGCUCAAAAAUGUUUGAUUCUCUUAACAUUGGGAAAUUUGUAGGUAUACAGUCUGUAUAGGGUUUGAUUCCCUUUCCAUAGCAUCUUUCAUAAAUUCAUGUUCUUUCCUAUGAAUAAUGAAGGCUGAACAGUUAGUUAAUCAGAUUGCUAGCAAAUGUUAAUGUGAGUAGUACAUACAACCUAAUGCAACACAUACUUACUUAUAAGAAUUUUGUUUUUAACCUGGAAUUUCUCUUUUUUCCUUUUGUUCACUACGCACACCCUUUCUAUUCUGUAUGUGCCAUUUUUAAUAUUAUUUUACCACAAGUAUCACACUUACUUCACUAGUUUUGAAGUAUUGGCAUAUCAUAACAUCAAACAUAAAUAACAGUCAAACAUGUCUAUUGGUGCAAACAGAAUCGGUAAUGGGUUUUGUAAAAGUGACGAGCCUAUAAGCAGUACUACACAGUAUCCAUUCUAGCUAAAACUAUUUUUCAAGGGCCUGUACAUUGGACCUUUGGCAUUCCUCACUCAGAUACAAAAAGUUGUAUAAUCUAGAAGAUGUACGGGCUAAAAUUAUAAACUAGUAAAUAUCUAUGGGGAGUUUUUCUUUACAUAUAUAUUUCUUAAUUCCCCUAGAAAUACACAUAUACUUGUACAUUUUCAGUGUGCUGCUGAAAAAUCAUUAUGUAUCAUAGACCUUUACAUCAGGCUUUCAGCAUAUUCAGCCCAUGUGGAUUGGAUCUGUUUUAUUCAUCGGUUCUUGCUCCAUACUGCUUUAAUUCUACACUAUGAGGGAGUAGAACUGAAGCAGUGUCUGUUUUUUAUUUCUUCUCUAGAAAAAUGCCCCAUUUUUGCUGUGGGCUUUGAGGACACAUCAGUUUCCUUUGCUGAUUGGCUGAGAUCAUGGCAGUUUCCUCAGUUGAUUGGCUGAGGCCGGGUCAGUUUCCUGAGUUGAUCCCACUGAAGACAUGUUGGUUUCCUCAGUUAUUUGCUGAGGAAACUUACAAGGGUUUUUGUUUUGUUUUUUGGUCUUUUUAAAAUGUCACUAACAUUGCUGUUAAAUUUUUUAAAAAAAUGUUAAAAAAGAAUGAACUAAAAAGUAUAUGAAGCACAGGUGAAAACUUUAAAAUAUCAGGUGGGAUUCAGGGCUGUCUUCAGAGUUUUUGUGUUAGCCAUAUUGCAGCAUUUCCCCCAGCAGUUGUAAGGUUUUUUUCCCUUUAAUGCACCAAUGUUGCAGCGUUGCUAUUUAAUUUAUUUAAAAAUGAGGGGAAAAACUGGAUUGGUUGCUAUUCAACCAGUUAGGAUGCAGGAGAAUAAAGGGGAGGGUGAAAGGCAGGGCCAGGCCUCACUAUGCUUCAAAAAAGCCCUGGUUUAACUUUGCGGGAGGGGGGGGGAUUGUGUAUGUGUGCAGGGAGAAAAGCUGCAGAAAAUCCAAGGAAAGGUCAGUUCUGCAGCAGAUGCAAUCUUUCUUCAUGUGGAAUGCAAAAAAGUUGGAGAAACAAUUUGGAGACUGAAUGGGGGUAUUUUGACCAUGUAUGCAGAACUCUGGAAGAAAUCAAUGCAGUAUGGGGCCUGAACCAAUGAAAAAGCCCAGUGUAGAAAAUACAGUAAAAUAGGCAGGCUGUUGCAGCUUAUUUAUACGUUUAUAUAAAAUCCUGGAAAUCUUUUGCACUGUUGGAAAAUUAAAGAGAAUGCUAUGGGAAUAAAAAUUCUUACCUGUUUUGAAAUAGCCUAAAGAUUUCUGCUAUAUUUGAUUGUUAGAACAGAACUAUGGUAUUCAAUUUGUGGAAUGCUACACAACUUUAGCAGGUUGCUUGCAGGCUUAUAACAUAUGAAAAUUUUUCUUUAAGGCACAGGCUGGUGUCUUGAUAGCUGCCCAGACUUACCUGGGAAGGGGUAAGGAAUGGAUUAAGAGCCAAGUUUAGCCGACUGAAUCUUGCAGCCCUUUGGAGGGUUGAGCAUCUUUUGACUUACAGAUAUUAAGACAGAUGAACCUCUCAGUCAGUUUAAUUCUGUGAACUGUAAAACGAGAUGUUUAUGGCUGGGUCUCUUCAUCCGUUUUUUGACACUAAAUGAAGAGUUCAACAAAAACACUGCAUCUUUCCUGUUUUAAAGUGACCCUUUAUUUGAAGCACUUGGUGUUAAAGGUAGAAAACUACUUUUUAAAAACGUUAUCUUUUAUGAGGCUUUGGGUUUGAUGGAUUUUUUAAAGUUUUAACAUUUUAAAAUAAUUAUACACCCCAAGCCAGUUCCUUGAGUUGUAUUAAAUAGACAUCAGUUUGCAAACCAGAUACACUUUCAGUGCAAUCCUAUGGAAAGUUACUCUAUUGACUUCAGUGGCUUAGACUGGAGUAACUCUUCACAGGAUUGCACUGUUUUUGUGCUUAGUACAAUCUGGGACAUGAUAUAUGUAGUAACUGUACGGUAUGAAGAGCCACAAUAUUUCUUGCUGUUCACUUUUAUAAGACAUUAGGGAAAAUAUUUGCCUUGUCUUUAACUUUUUGUCGAUGUAAAUGAUUCAACCUUCCUACCCCACCCCCACCUCCACCCCGGUGCAUGUUUCUUCUGGAAAGCCUUAAGUCUGUCAGAUGUUCAGUGUGGAUUGUGUAGUCCAAAUGGCUGCCUAUAAACUGGGAGCUCUUUUAUAAGCUGGAAGCAUCUUUCUUGUUACUGUUACUCUGUGGUAGGAACUUCUUAAUUCCGAGCUGCCAAAGCAUUACAAUAUGCAGUGCCUUAGUGCUAUAUUAGAAGUACAUGUUAGCCUCUCAUGCCAAUCUUAUGUAGUCUUUUAAUUGGUUUUCUUUUUUAAAAAAAACCCACCUCCUAGAAAAAAAAACUUUUUUGACUACUUGGUCUAAGACACCAAUAAGAUAAGUUACUCCCCCCAUCCCCUUUCUACAUAGGUGGAAUAUCUAUACCAAAAGGAAAUGUUAUAUCACUAGAAUUUUCUGCAAAAUGUAAUUGACUGAAUUAUGCUGCCUUCUUAAAUUCUCAUGACCAAAUACUUAAACCUUUGUGACUCUCUGCACUCUUGCAUGCAAGUGCCUUUGGUUUUGAAAUUCCAGCUUAGAAAAGUGCUGCCAUAAUAAUGACAAUUUGUAGAGACCAAAAAUAUUUAGAGAUCACCAUAAUGCCUUUGGUUUAUUGGAAACAGUCGACACUAGCAGGCCUCCGUUCUCAAAAGAGUACCUGUUUAUAGUAGCAUGCUUUUUGCAAAUCACAUGAAUGCAUAAUGCUGGAAAACUUCUACAUGUUUUUCAACUGUUUGUCAUUUCAGCAGCACUGCUGACUGGCAGUUGCUAUGUUUAUGAUAGGAAAAACGGUCAGUAUUUCACCUUUGCCAUGUCUCUCCAUCCAGUCUUGCAUCUGAGUAAUGUGAGUCUGUAAGUAGCAGAAUUUCAGGCAACACUCUGAAUCUGUGAAGACAAUUUUCUUCUUUAUUCUAAAUUUGCACUUAUUUGUUUACAAAGUUGAGCAGUUGGAUGCCUAAAACUGAAAAUGAAAGUGCAGAACAAAAUCACCUGACUUGUGCUUUUUAGCACCAACUUGUUUGAAUUGAAUUAUAAAUGCCAUUUGAAGAAGAAAAAAAACAUUUGAUGGCAUUAUUCAGAACUUCUCUGUCCUUCUGCUGGAAAGAGAUCUUCUUUAGGUAUUUUGUGCCAUUUUAACUCCACUUGUGAAUUUGGCCCUAUCAUCAAUUUAAUGUUUCAAAGAGACACACAACAGUUUAAAAUAUCAGUGAAAACAAACAGCAUUAAAACCAAAAGCUGGCAGAGGGGAUUUUUAGCUGUGGAUACACUUUGUUUUAGUAGACAGAAGAAUUUUAUUUAAAAUUAGUGUGGCACAAAAUUAUUGGUGAUUAUAGCCCUUUCCUGUUUCUUAAACAUGUGUACAGAUGGAUUUUAUUCUUCAGAGAUCCAAAUCUAUCUAGUUUUUCUCACACUGAAUUUAUUAAGGUUUGCUUGGCCUCAGAAAUACAGUAUAUAUUAACAACUAUCCACUGAGACAGAGGUAAGCAAGUGGCUGGAUAUAUUUUAUUGCAAAGGAAUCGUUUUAUUUAUUGUCUUAUGUACAAAAUUGAGAAAGAAAUAAUGGUACCAUUUGUGGCAGUUGAAGCUUACUUUACAAAUGUAAUUUCUGUACUUACUUGAAUUCUAGAAUGAUUUAUUUAGGUACUGUACCACUGUGUUGAAUAGUUCGCAAUGUCUUUACCUAUGUUCCUGCUUUCUACCAACCUUUGAGACCCUUUCAGUUUAGCAACUCUACUGAUCUCAAGCUCCCUGUUUUUGCCUACUUCAAGUAAUGAUUUCAUGGAAUUGAAUCAGUUGAGAGGUGGAAGUCAGCUUACAGCUAAUGAAAUUAUCUGCCAUAGUUUAAUUCAUAGGGCUUUAUUGCUUCUCUGUGGCUCUAUUCAGACUUCAUGCCAAACCAAGGCAGCUUGCCUAUCAUGUGACCUGAUCUAAAUUGAUAACCCAUGGUUUGUAAUCUUCUGAUAAAACAGAAAGCAUGGUUUGAAAUGGUUUAGUGCACCAUCAUUUGAGCUAAUCAAGAUUUUGUCUAACUUUAGUUUGGCAUAAUGUCUGAAUCAAUGGACUAUAGUCAGGAUCCUUUCUCAGUCUUUGGAAGCUGCUACACCAUGGAGAUGGAAGUGAACUUAGAAGCCAAGAACAUAAAAGCAGUCAAGCAGCUCUAAACCACAGUUUGCCUGCUGUAUUGUCGGAAACACAAAACUGCUUUUUCAUUCUAAAUGAACAUUAACACCAUUAGGAUUGGCAUGAUUUCUGAAUUAAUCCUAUGAUGUUGACAAUUUAGGAUCACUCAGCUACUGACCAGUGUGCCAUACAAUAUAUCUUCAUCUUUAGGAACUGAUUUACACACUGUUCAGUAUGGUUGCUACCAAAAAACUUUCCUUCUCAGUGUCUCUGCCACAUGCAACGUUCCACACCACUGCUGUGCACCCUCAGCAGCCACAGAUACACUGUAUGGUUUUGAACCAAGGCAUGUGGUAAAGGCAAUUGUUAUUCCCUGCUGUCUUAAUGACCAGAACAGGGAAAGGUUUGGAGGCAGCACCUGUGGACUGUAAAUAAUGCAGCAAUGGAUACUAAUUUCAGUCCUUAGUUUUGGUCCUCAGGUUAACCUUCUAUAUUUUCUUUUCUAUUUCUCUCUCCCAGCCACAAUCCUGAAAAGAUAGAUGGGACAAUUCAAAUUAUAAAGAAAAGUUUUGAUCCCUAGUAUAGUGAGUUGAUCUGUGAGGCUUUACAAAAAAAACAGUUCCACCUUAUCAGUUAACUUUGAAAUGCACUCAGUUCACAGAGAGGAUAUGCCCCGUUACCUCCUUAUUAAAUGGUUUCAUUUUUAUUUUGCAUUUUUUUUAAAUGGGCCUCUGCUUUCAGGCUCAUGACUGCAGAAAAAAAUUCAAUAUGUGCCUGAAAAAGACAGAAGAAUUUUAUAACAGUUUUUAAAACCUGAAUAGCCUUUAAUUCUUUAAUAUCAGUACAUUUUAUGUAAAAAAGGGUUUUCUUCUUGAUCUUUCUUUUUUUUUAAUUUGCCAUGUGCAUUUGUUCACAUUUGUAAAUGACUUAAUGGAAUUCUCACUUUGUUUAUUUGUGUAAUGUGUAUAAACUGGGUUUGUGACUUAAGCAUAUUCAUAUAUGGUCAGUGGUUACUUUAAUAUUGUACUGCUGCUGGUUGUUUUUUUUUUUUUUAAAUGUAGAUUCUGCUUUUCAAUGACAAAGUACCUUUGCUUAGAUACGGAGGGAAAGUUCUUUUUUUAAAAAAAAUCAAACUUUCAAAUCUUGUCUUAACAUGUUUUGAAGUUUUCAAUAUGAGUUUCAAUCGAACCUUGGCAGUACAGUAUUCUUGUAUUUGUUGUUGUCUGUGUGUAGGUACUGGUACCUUUUUUUGUUUGUUUUAAAAACGUUUUAAGUGUUGGCUUUAAAGUGAAUUUAUCUUUAGUAUGAUAGUAAUAUGAAAAUUAUAGGGUUUGUGUGCAGAGAAUUUUUUUAUAAAAGUGCUUUGUAAAAAAACGUAUUCUAGCUUUUGCGGUACAUAUGUGUGAUAACUUUAAUAUCCAUGACAGUUAAGUGCAAUUAUUUCAUCACUCUAAAAAUGCUAUUUUUGUGUCGGUUACUGCAGGUGUUCCAUGUCUUUGCAAAGUGACACAUUUUGAUGCCUUCUUGAUAAAGUGGUAGAUUUUUUGUAGCUUUCUAGAAACUUUGUAUUCAUACAGUAUCGAAUGAAAAUAAAGAAAAUAAAGUCA